AUGGAUAAAAUGGAAUCAGCAACAUCAGAAACCACCUUAACAUAUUCAUCAGAACAUACAAAAAGUUCAGAAAUAAUAUCAGAAGCAAGUAGUAAAGAUAGUCGUGAUAAUAUUAAAAUUAGAAGUAGCUUUAUAUCAUCAUCUUUAUUUUUUAUAAAAAUAUCAAUAUGGUUUUUUGGAUAUAGUGUUGUUCAAGGUGCAACAGCAGCAUUUGCAAUUCCAUAUCAAGUUUCAAUAUUAAGACCAGAAGAUAAAACAUAUUGGAAUGGUAUAUUACCAAUUAGUGGAAUGUUUAUAAAUUUAUUGAUUACACCAAUAUUUGGAUAUAUUAGUGAUCAUACAAAAACACCAUUUGGAAGAAGAAGACCAUAUCUAUUGGUUGGAACGAUGAUAAUGAUUAUAUUUUUAUGUUUAGAGGCAACAUUUGAUCAACCAUAUCAUUCAAUUGGUGGAUUUAUUAUAGUUUGUAGUGGUUAUCAACUUGGUCAAGGUAUUGCAGGUGGUGCAUUCUCUGGUAUCAUUCCAGAUGUUGUACAUCCUUCACAAUCUGGUAUUGCAAGUGGUUGGUUAGGUGUUGGUUUUUCAUUGGGUCUAUUGAUUGGUACAAUUUUGUUUGGUACUUUAUUAGAAGUGAAAAAUGUAAUUCAUACAUGGUAUUUGUAUGGUGCAACCAUUGCCUUCCUUGGUAUUUCCGCAUUGAUCACCAUCUGUACAAUGCAUGAAGAUUCUAAUGAUGAAUGGUCAUUCGAUGGUAGUUUACCAAGUUUCUUCAAAUCUUUGCAUCUCCCAUCAAGUAUCUAUUUCAACUUUUAUUGGGUCUUAAUCACCCGUUUCUUCAAUACACUUGGUAUCUACAUGAUCUUUAGUUUCUUGUUAUAUUUCGCCACUGAUAUCAUUGGUCAAACGAAUUUAAUGACAAAUAGUUAUAUCAUAGUGGUGUUGGUCAUGUGUUCCAUACCCGCUUCAAUCGCUGGUGGUUAUUUAGCUGAUUUUUACAGUACAAAACUAUUAGUAUACAUUAGUAGUGGUAUUCAAGUUGUGGCUAUAGCUUUAUUAAUCACAAUUUCAUUCAAUCCUUCAUUUGCUGGUUUGUUGAUUCUAUCAGGUUUCUUAGGUGUUGGUUAUGGUGCUUAUCAAUGUGUUGAUUGGGCAUUGGCACUUCAUUCAUUACCAAAUAAAACCAUUGGCAAAGAUAUGGGUAUUUGGCAUAUCUCUUUUAUCGCUCCAACUGUAGUUGCUCCAGCUAUCACUGGUAGCAUCUUACAAGCUACUCAAAUUACCCUUGAAAAUGGUACUAAAAUUUCUUCACAAUAUGGUUAUGCUAUUGUUUUUGGUAUUAGUUCAUUUUGGUUCCUUUUAGCAACAAUCUUUAUUUAUCCAAUGAAAAUUAGUGCUAUUCCAAAAAAUUGUUCUAGAAAAGAUCAACAACAACAAACUAAUAAUCAACAAUCACAAAAUCAACAACAAUUACAACCAACUAAUAAUGGUGCUGAUUUAAAUAAUCAUAAUAAUGGUAAAGAAAACCCAAUAAUAGAACCAGUUUAA